AUGGAAAUACUUUCUUUAAAUUUUUUUAUGUAUACCAUUGCCGGUAUAUGGCGGCCUAUCGACUGGUCAUCGAACGUCGCUAAGCUAUUGUAUAAUACAUUUACUUUUAUUGUACUAAUCUUGGAAUAUUUUCAAAUGUUUACCCAAUUUAUGGACAUCAUUCUUGUUGUCGAUAAUAUUGAUGACUUUGCCACUAAUACUCUAAUGUUCCUGACUAUUGUUGCUGUUUGCUGUAAAGCGACCGUCAUUGUAGUACGUCGAAAUUCAAUUAUUAGUCUGGUACAAAUAUUACUAUCGACACCACAUAAACCUCGUAACGAAGAUGAAAUGGCAAUACAAACGAAAUAUGAUAAGUUUAUCAAGUCAUGCUCGAUAAAAUAUUCAAUUUUAGUAGCAAGUUCUUUAACAGGCCUCACAAUAGGAUCAGUAUUAAACAUAAUGCAAGGUCAUUUACCUUAUAGAGUAUGGUUGCCAUACGACACUAACGCAUCGUCGAUUUUUUGGAUUAUAUCCAUUCAACAGAUCGUCUCAGUAUAUUUUGGCGCAAUCAUAAGCGUUGCCUCGGACAGUUUAAUUUUUGGGUUUAUUUUACAAAUUUGUGCUCAGUUUGAUAUUUUCGAAAAUCGUCUGCACAAAUUAAUGACUAACAAAAUAUCUAAUUAUCUAAACCAAUUACCUACUUCAAAUAUCGAAAAAAUAGCAAUAUCGGAAUACGUACAUCAUCAUCUCUGCAUUUACAAAUUCGCUAAAACAACAAACAUUAUAUUCAAUCAGAUAUUCUUCAUUCAAUUUUUUGGCAGUAUAUUGUUAAUAUGUACAAAUAUAUAUUAUGUUUCAACGCAUAUGAUGGAAUACGGAAGUGCAACUGUGAUAAUUUAUACUUUUGGUAUGUUUGUACAAAUUUAUUUUUUCUGCUGGUCCGGAAAUGAAGUCAUACUUAAGAGUAUGAAUGUAGGAGAUGCAAUAUAUCACAUGGAUUGGCUUUUAUUAUCACCCAGGGAAAAAAAAGAACUUUUGAUAAUCAUGAUGCGUAGCACAAUUCCUAUUAAAUUUACAAGUAGUUUCUUGAUAACUUUAUCUCUCCAAUCUUUCAGUAGCAUCUUGAAAACAUCAUAUUCAGCAUUUAAUGUAUUACAAAAGUGAAACAUAUGUAGUCAA